UGUAAAAAAAAAAUGAAAAAUCAUUCUAAUAUGAAAAUCGUUACGUUAGUGAGGGGACGCCCCCUUCAUCAUUUUUCAAUGGCGUCUUUGCCGGUGAAACCGUUUAGCUCUUCUUUUUUCUCGAUUUCAACGCAAAAAUGACCGAAAAUCCACUCGAUUACUCCUUUGUCUUUGAAAAGGAGGGCAAAUUCAACGAUCUCUGGCUUGCAGCCACGAACGAACGACGAUUUAAUCAGAAAAACAAGCGCAUCAUCAGCCAAUAUGACGUCUUCAAUCUUUGCAAAAGCAUUGAAGCCGAAAUUCUGGGCAUCAAAGAGACAAUUCCCGUAGUUUCAGUCGAAAAACGCAAAUGUGCUUCCGGGAAAAAGCCUCCGAAGAAACGUCGUCGGACCGAAGAACCCGAAGCGACGCCCGAAAAAUCUGAUGCCUCAUCCUUCAACUUGAAAUUGGCCUCGAAUUUGAUGAUGGGUGCUGUUCGCAUCUGGCGUUCGCAGGUCAAUCAACUGUAUGAAGACAGUAAAUUGGCAGUUUCGAAGCAAGCGUCUUACAAUGCGAUCGUUCAUGCACAAACAGUCGAAGAAGAGCGUCGCAAGGAACGCGUUAAUUACGCAAAGAUGUUAGAUAAUGACGAAUCCACGACAAAAGGCAAAAAGAAAAACACGAAUAUCGAUCCCAAGUUAACCUUGAACGAGUUCGAGCACUACGAGGAAAACAUUCGUGCGGAAAAUCUCGACGAGCAGAAUAAAGUUUGUGAUGCAUUAACUUUAAACACUGCACAAGUCGAUCAGAUUACGCUUCGCGAAACAAUUUUAUCGCCAUUCACACUUUCGCGACAUCAGGAAAUAAAUUUUUCCGAGUUUGAACCGUUGGCGGAAGAGGAGAUCAAUUUGCUACUUCAACCGAAUAGUUCUAACCUCGAAAUUGAUGAAGUACGUGACGCUCCGCAAAUGAUAAAUCCCGAAAAUGACAUUCAAUCCGUGCUAACUCCGAUGCCUGAAAGUGUGGAACUCGAAGUUCCUGUCGUACUUGAAGAUCCACCGGCUCUUCCUCCGAUCGAAAUCGCACCUCCAACUAUCGAGUUGCCCAUUGAAGCUCCGGUCGAGCAACAACCCAUGCAAAUUGAUGAAAAUUUCUCGUGCAUUGAAGCGACUUACGAACUCGUACCAUCUUACGAGGCAAACGAAGUCAUGAAAGUUCAAGACUUGAACAAAAAUCCAAAACCGCAGAAGCAAAAAUCUGCUAAAGAUUUAAUUUUUGAGAACGUUAAUGAGCAUGAUCAAGGUGAACAAAUGCAAACAGACAAUUCUGUGAUCCCAAUUCAGCCAAAUAUCGAAAUUGGGUCUCCAAUCGAAGCUUCAGUUCCAAAUAUCUACGUUCCCAUCCCGAAAUCACUUUUAGCCAAAGUCAACGAAAUGAAUCUGAAAAAGUUGAAAAAGAAGUCCAAAGCACCUAAAACAGUGAAAAAAGGAUUAAAACGCAAAAUGACCGAUGAGAUCACCAAACUUUCAUUCAACCAGAUGACUUUGCAACUAAAGGAUACAUCAGACAUUGUGCACAAGAACAAGUUGACAAUUUUGCCUCCGUUGAAGAGAUUCCGUAUCGAUCCUGCUGCCGUACUUUUCGAAAGACCAUGUCGUUGUUUCCGCGGAGAAAUUUGCGAAGAGUUGUUUGAGAAUUUUUCAGAAAAAAUCAAAUUUCUGUCGUACAACGAGAGCACAAAGAAACGUAAAAUACAGGCUGCACUCAAAAAAUCGGAAAAUGGACCUGCAAAAAAGAAGUUGCGAAAAUCUAAUGAAAUUUCUCUCGAAAAUCCGAAUAUUAACGUUGCUGAUUUUGUACAAAAUCAAAUUAUUGAGGCUUUUCCACCUGUAAUUGAAGUUCCAUUGCCUCCACCACAAAUCGAAGAGCAACCAGAAGUUCCAGUUAAGAUGCCUGAAAAUAAUUCGGUCAAUAAAGACGCACCUGUAGAAGCAGCAAGUGCACCACAAGAGACUCCACCAGACUUUAUGCCGGGCUUUGAGCACAUUUUGAAGGAAUUACUUGAAGAAGAACAAAAUCCAGAUCAAAACGCUGAAACUGCCACUCAAAAAUCAAAUCCUGACGAGUUGCACUGGAAAAAGGUCAAAGCAGAUUGGGGUCAAGCCAGCAUCUUGAAGAAGCUGAUAACAAUAUUUCGCAAAACGGAAAUUGAUUUUCCCACAAUUGAAGUGUUGAUCGAAAAUGAAUGCACUAAAAAAGUAGCAGUUGUUACUUUUUCAUCGUUGAUUCAUCUGAAAGCAAAGAAAUACUUGGCUCUUGAGAAGAAUGAUAAACUAAAAAUCAUUCGCAUUAAACAAGGACCAAAAUUGGAACAAUUUCUCUCUAAAUCUUCUUAAAUUUAAAUUAAAAUUUAUUUUCUAUUAAUUAAUAUUUACCUUGAAAAUUCCUCGUUAAAUCGAAAAACGUUCCUUUAAAACAUGUUAACUAAAUUUGAGUAUAAGAAACUUUGAAAUAAACGAAAAAA